AUGUCGAAGUCAUAUAUUCUUAUCACGGGGGCAAUUGUUAUAUCCAUGGAUGUAUCAGAUGGGGAGCCCCUGGACUGCGAUAUUCUUAUAGAAAAUGAAAGAAUCAAGGCUGUAGGCCGAGAUCUUUCUGCGCCGAAUGACGGGAGGGUGGUCACUAUCGAUGCAAAAAACUGCAUCGUAACACCGGGGUUCAUCAACGGCCAUCAUCACAUGUGGCAGCAUCUCCUGCGGGGUCUCACAGUUGAUUGGUCUCUUUUUGGCUAUUGCUGUCACCUGCGGAGCGUGUACGGAAGUUUGUACACACCAGAGGAUGUCUACUUCGCGAACUAUGCUGCUGCGUUGAGUCUGCUUAACAAUGGCGUCACGACCGUCCUGGACCACUGCCACGUGAUAAACUCGCCUGCGCAUGCUGACAUGGCUGUGAAGGGUCUAAAAGAUGCUGCUAUUCGAGGCACAUUUUGUUAUGGGUUCUACCAAAACCCAAUAGUACCUGGGGAUCUCGCUAGUGCUGCGACAGACCCGUUCGACCAAGCCACUAGAGUCAAUGAUGCUCUCCGUGUGCGUCAAGAACAUUUCUCGAGCAACGAUGCCAGCAGUACACUUCUCACCUUCGGGAUUGCGUUGAACGAGCCGCCGAUGCAGCUCCGGGAAAAGAAUCUCGAAGAGUUGGUCAUCGCGAGGAAAUUGGGAGCUAGACUCGCCACUGUACAUUCUUCAGUGGUCUCCCAUGGGGCCCCAAAGCCUGAAAUCGUGCAGCAAUUUUUCGAUGCGAAGUUACUUGGGUCGGACAUUGUGUUCAGCCACGGGGCUUGGAUGACAGAUAGCGAGCUGGCUGCGGUCCGAAGUUCUGGUGCUGGUAUUGUCAGUACACCUGAUACGGAGCUGCAGAUGGGCAUGGGGUCUCCUAUAGCAUGGAAAGCGGCUGAUCUGGGCUGUCGGACGUGCCUUGGGCUUGACAUUACGUCGAAUCAUGGUAAUGACUUUAUGGCACAGAUGAGGCUAGCACUUCAGACACAAAGAGCUCACGAACAUGACCAGACAGUACACAGGGAUGUCCGCAGGAAAGCAAAGGAUGUAUUACGCAUGGCAACGCUGGGCGGGGCAGAGGUUAUGCAGAUGGAGUCGUUGAUCGGUUCUAUCGUUUCCGGGAAAAAGGCCGACCUUGUUAUUUUCCGCUGUGAAGAUAUUGAUACGGUGCCUGUUGUGGACCCUGUCGGGACCGUGGUCUUUCAUGCAACGCCGGGAAAUAUUGACACGGUUAUCGUCGACGGGAAGAUUGUCAAGCAGAACGGUCAGCUUGUGGGUGUUGACUGGCACUCUCUACAUGAUCAGAUAGUAAGCAGGUCCCGACGACUGAGGGACGAAGCAGCCAAAGUCGAUAUGGGCGAAUCAGAAGCUAUAUUCCACUCCCUGUUUGAGAAAGCCAUGCAAGAGUGA